CCAAACUUCAAGAAAAAUAAAGCGAAGCGCCCGUGAGCCCGACACCCGCGAUGAGUCCGCAUUUCAGCUGACUGAACUUGAAGCGCGACGUACGAGAGGGAAGGACCUUUGUGUGAGGCAGAGUGGGGUUCCUGCGAGGCCAAGGAAAGGGUGUCCUGUGAGGUAAAAAGGGAAGAAACGACGCCCUUAGAGGCAUGGCUGAGCGAGAGGAGAAGGGCGGGAGUUCGUCCUCCAAGAAACCCGGGCUGGUUUCUUUCCUCACGGGGAAACCCAUCAAGAUCCCCGAGAACCAUUUGUUUGGAAAAUGCCGUUUUGUUGGGGAAUUUGAGAAGCUUAAUCGUAUAGGAGAAGGAACAUAUGGAGUAGUCUACCGUGCAAGGGACACCAAGACUAAUGAAAUUGUUGCAUUAAAGAAGAUGCGAAUGGAGAAAGAAAAAGAUGGAAUGCCAAUAUCAGGACUGAGAGAAAUUAUGCUUCUGCAGUCUUGUAAUCAUCCAAACACUGUUUGUUUAAAGGAGGUUGUUGUUGGGAGGAGCUUAGAAAGCAUAUUCCUUGUGAUGGAAUACUGUGAACAGGAUUUGGCCAGCUUGCUUGACAACAUGCAAAUACCAUUUAUGGAAGCACAAGUAAAGUGCAUUAUGAUACAGGUUUUCAAAGGCUUGGCAUAUCUUCAUCGCAAAGAGAUUGUCCACAGAGAUGUGAAAGUGUCAAACUUGCUUCUCACAAACCAGGGAACAAUAAAAAUAGCUGAUUUUGGGUUGGCACGUGAAUUGGGUUAUCCGAUGUCACCAAUGACCCCUCAGGUUGUCACUCUGUGGUACCGUGCUCCUGAGUUGCUCUUCCAGGCAAAGACACAGACAACAGGAGUCGACAUGUGGGCAGCUGGGUGCAUCCUCGGGGAACUUCUGCUACAUAAGCCACUGCUCCCAGGGAAGUCGGAAAUAGAGCAAAUCAAUCUGAUCAUAAACCUUUUAGGAACGCCAAAUGACAACAUAUGGCCAGACUUUUCACAGUUACCGGCAAUAGAAAAUUUCACUUUGAAACCACAACCAUACAACAAUUUGAAGACCAAAUUUCCCAUGCUGUCUUCAUCAGGGCACCGUCUCCUAAACUUUUUAUUUAUGUAUGAUCCAAAGAGAAGAGCGACAGCAGAAGAAUGUCUGGAAAGUUCCUAUUUCAAAGAGCAUCCUCUUCCAUGUGACCCACGAAUGAUGCCAACCUUCCCCCAGCACCGCAAUCUCAAGCAGCAACAGCAACAACAGGUACCGCCGAUACCUCCUGCACAGCUGAAUCUCGGCUACAGUCAGGUGUUUGCUCCUCAAGGACCAAACUUCGGUCCACCGGAGCACCAUCAUAUGGAUGCUGUUAAUGCACCAAAAAUUGGAAUACAUGAGAUGCUAGGCCCAUUAAGCAGGAAAUAAAUUAUAUAUAUAUUUUUAUGUGUCACUAUCAUAUAAGGUUAUUUUCAAUUGAUUAUAGAACUGAAGCAUUGCAAUGGAUAUCCCAUAAAUAUUGUUGAUUUUCUA